AUGAUAAUAUGCCAAGUUGCGGCUCGAACACCAACUCAAUUGACCGCUGCAAAUUCUACAGCUAGCUCUUUUGAUUACAGAUGCUAUGGGGAAUUCCCAUGUGAAGCCAUGCUUCUCCGACGAAGCCAUUUUCGCUUGCUUCGUGUGGUCGGUAGAGGUGCGUUUGGCAAAGUGCGGAUUGUCGAGAGACGAGAUACUGGUCUUACGUUUGCCUUGAAGUAUAUCCGUAAGGGAGAUGUCAUUCGCACCGAAAGCGUUCGCAACAUUUUACGCGAAAGACGGAUGCUCGAACAGUUAAACUAUCAAUUUAUUUGCAACCUGCGGUACAGCUUCCAAGAUAUUGAAUACAUGUAUUUGGUCGUGGAUUUGAUGAAUGGCGGAGACCUACGUUUUCACAUCUCUCGGAAAGUAUUCACUGAAGAAGCUGUUAGAUUUUGGAUCUCCGAACUGGGAUUGGCCAUACGUUACAUUCACUCCCAGGGAAUUAUACAUCGAGAUAUAAAGCCAGAUAAUGUUCUCCUUGACGCCGAAGGACAUAAUGUCGCUUCUGACUUUACUCCCGGGAAAUUACUUACCAGCAAAUCUGGGACGCUAGCUUACUUAGCACCUGAGGUGUACAAAGGCAAAGGGUAUUCUUCAAGCGUAGAUUGGUGGUCGUUGGGGGUACUUUUUUAUGAGUGCAUAUACAACAAAAGACCAUUUGAAAAGAUUAGCAGCUCUGACCUGCAGGAACAGAUUUUAAAGGCAGAUCCGAAAUUUCCUAUCACAGAUCCACCAGUAUCAAUUGUUUGUAUGCAUGCAAUCAGCUCAGCACUUGAACAGGAUCCUAAUAAGCGCAUGGGAUGUACAAAAGAUGAAGGAUUCUCUAGCUUUACUGAUAACCCCUUUUUUCGAGCAAUCGAUUUUGAUGCUUUAGAACGAAAAGAAGUUGAACCUGUUUUUGUACCAUCCAGCGGCAAGACUAAUUUCGACGCCACAUAUGACCUGGAGGAAAUGCUUUUAGAAGAAGCGCCUCUCGAGGCUCGUGCACGACGGCAGAAGCCUCGGGAACAGCUUAGGGAAGACGCCACUGAAAAGCAAAUUCGCGAAGAAGAAAUGUAUCAGAUGAUUGAAGAACAUUUUACUCCUUUUGAUUACACCACUGUUGCAUAUGAGAGAUUUCUAGAAGGUUCUGAAGCCUGCCAAGGAUGGGUCGAUUCAACUCAACUUCAAACAGUACUUUCAGCGGUAGAAAAAAAGAAACCUCUAGAUAGCCAUGUCUUUCAUAAAUAUUCUACAACGCCACUAAAUACCUCUAAAUCCCAUUCUUUAUCACCUGAUGGUUCGCGACAAGUCAAAUCUAAUUCACAAAACCUCUCAGCAAACAAGCAUACCUACGAACAUAAUUCAAACUGCUCAUUCUUACCCCUGCUUCCUCUUUUAGAAUCCGAUCAUCAGUCAUCCCAAGCGACAGUCAAAAAAAGUGUCAUAGACAAUGAUAUGCAUCUUGUCGUGAGGGAGAGCGAAAGUUGGUCAGCACUUGCUCAUCACGACUCAACUCUGCCUGCGGAAGCGAAGGCAGAAAUAUCAUCAAAAGUGCCCGGAAAACGAUCAUUUCUAGGUAUAAAAAAAGGACGAAAUCAUAGCCCAAAGACUUAUGAGAGAGGUAUUCUCAGUAAAGGUUCUAGGGUUAUAGUAAGUGGUGGCUAA